AUGGAGGAGAUGCUCCCUUCAGAAUCCAUCGACCGUGCCGACUACAGACGCUGCCGCACCACCUACGGCGCUCUAUCGAUGACAUACAAGCGCGCCAACGACUCCAACGACCCAGCCAAAGAAUACAAACAACUCCAGGAAAUUGAAAAGGUCCUCCGCGAGCGUCUCACAAACCUUGAUCCCACUAGAGGACUUCCGCGCAAAUUCCAGGACCCUCUCGAUCGACUUCGGGCCGGUAUUGAACAUGCACUCAACACGGGCGUUACUGUCGACUUUCUCAUCCAGGGUAUGAAGGAUAUGCUAGAAGAAAAGCCAGAUGCUACACCAGCUCCGAAACCCGAGCCUAUCAAGAUGGUUUCUGGAGCUAGGUACAAGGCAGUGGUUGACGCGCUUGCGGCCGAGAAAGAUAAGAACCGCAAACUCAACGAGGAGAACAAUCGGCUUGCCAUACUACUUAAACAACAUGAAAUGCGCGAUCGAUCGGGCACCGUGGCUGCGAAGCCGCCUAUUACUCCAAGGAAGUCGCUGCGGAUUGAGCAGCAAAAGCAGCAGGAUUUGGAUGUGCCGGAUGGACACGUGAGGGGUGUCUAG